CGACGAUAACAAAACAAUGACCACGACAAAAAACACUUCGACAUCGACUGACCCAGCCGAGCCUCUGACAUGUGUGGAGGAGAGCGAGCUAGACCUUGUCGGGGGACCCGAGGAGCGGGGAGCCGAGUGAGAUAAGGAGGUGGUGGCCGAGCCCCCAAACAUGGAGGCCAUGCCGCCCAUUCCACCUCCAGCGGUUCCGCUGCCCCCGGGAAUCUCGAUGAACGAGCUUGCACUCACUCUGCACAUGGCGGAGAUAAUCAGUGAGGCUAAUACGGAACUCUUGAGGAAAAUGGACAGCCUAACAAAAUUGGCAAAAGCAAUAGCAACAGGACAACAACCACAUGACAUAGGCACAACGACCGACUUGGCUAGCGAACAAGAACAAACACCAGACAUCCCUCCAACCACAACGGACAUCCCUCAGACGACAGACGACGCCACAACAUCUGCAAAAACCGGACUGGAAACUAAACGCAGCAAGAAAAAUAAGAAAAAGAACACCAAGACCUCACCCCAGAAAAACGGGACCGACACGGAAAGGAAAAAGGACAACAAAAACGCAAACGGACAAACCCAGAUCAAGGACAAGUCUCACGAACCCGAGGCCGAAUGGACAAAGGUCAUGAGCAAGCAGGCGAAGCGACGGGCUCGGAAGCAGCAACGCAAGCAGGAGGCCGCGGUCAUUGCAGCAGCUCAGUUACAAAAGCCGCAGCCGGAGCAGCAGCAGCCACCGAGGGAGCAACAGUCACCAAAACGCAGCAGUAGGCAGCCGGACGCGCUGGAGGUGGAAACCACCAGGCUGAUCUGCACCAACAUCCCCCCAAGCUGCUCAAACGAGGAGAUCGCCACGGACCUGAGCGCCGCCCUGGGAGUGACGCUGUACGCGGAAUAGAUCAGCACCGCCAAUUCCAGCUACGGAACGCUAGUAGCGUUCUUCGGCUGUCCGGAAGCG